AAGUAGCUUAACCAUGGCUUAUCGUUACACAUCCUUUUUGGCCAUUGGCUGUAUGCUGGUCACCAUUGGCUGUAAUGCUGCAGCCAUUCAAGACAAUGGGGUGGCCGAGCCACGCAUUCACUCAUCGGAGGAACUGAUUUCGACCAUUGUGGAAGAUUGUUUCCAUGCAAAUGCCAUGCAUUGCUUGCAAGAGAAAGUUUUGACCUAUUUGGAUACGGUGGCUGGUGUAGAUGAGGAUGUAAGUGGUCGCGCUCUCAGUGAUGAUGUUGUGGAUAAGGUUAUUGUAGAUCGUGUGGCCCGCAUCUUGAAUGCCAACGAAAUUCGUGUUCAAUUGCCUCAGACUUUCUUUGCCAAUUCUGUAAUCUCUUAUCGUGCUGAUCGUGGUUUCGAUUUGGAACUUCCUCAAAAUGAAGGUAAGGUUGAGUCAGAGACUCGUGACCGCAAGAAGGAUGACAACAACAAAGCUUUCUUGCCCUUGUUGUUAUUGAUGAAAUUGAAAAUGAAGGUGGUCAUGCCCAUCUUGAUGGGUUUGAUUGGACUUAAAGCUACCAAGGCUUUGAUUUUGUCUAAAAUCGCCAUCAAGUUGGUCUUGGGCUUCCUCAUCUAUAACAUUAUUCAAAAAUUGGGUGGCAUGAAAAUGACCAUGCAACCCAUGAUGCCUCCUAUGCCCGCUGCCGAAUAUGGUGUACCCACCACCACAGCCUCCUCUUAUGAUCCCAGCAGUUGGGAACCCUCCAACGGUGGUCCCUAUGCUCGUGCUGAUGCCCAAUAUAUGGCCUACAACAACUAUCAUCCCAGCAGCAGCAGCAGCACUGGUAGCAGUUCGCACUCGAGCACCGGCUCCUCAGCGUCUUCCAGCAGCUACAGCAGUUCUUCUUAAAAAUCUGAAAAUCUAAGCGGCAAACAGGAGAACCAAACGAAAUUCUCCUUUGUCCCUUGGUUAAAACAAACUCAUGUUAGAUGAUUGAGUCAUCCUUGUCCUCUGAAGAACAAAAACCCUUAGGUACAAUGCGUGAAAAGGAUAUUGGUAACCCUGCCAUACAAAAUAAUAUUCUUUUAUUUUUAUGGUAAUUGUAAAUUAUUGUAUUUAUUUAUGAAAUUUUCUAUUCAUUUUCACACCAAAACUCUUUGAUAAGAGCCCAUGUAAGCCAUAAACUUUCGAACUUUUCUAGUCUAUUCACUUAGGUAUUCUUCAACUUUAUUUC